GCCUCCAACGUGACCAAAAGUCCACCUCUACCAUCUCUGUCUACUUAUUUAAAAUCACCAUUCAGAAAACACUUCCAGACCUGACAGUCAAAACUACUAGUCGUCUCCAUCAAACGAUCAACUGAAACAAGUUCCAGAUACACAAUGGUGGUCUGUCUCAUUGGGCUUUCAUAUCUCAAAUUGGAAAUUCUGGGUUUUCAUUUCUGGAGGCUCAGAUUUCAAUAAACUUCUUCCACUUCAACAACAGCCAUGGCACUGGAGGUUUAUUGGUAUGACUUCGUGUGCUUUGGCAUUGUUGGUGUUUCCUUGUUUGGUGCUUUAUGGGUCAUUUGGAGGAGGGAAGGCGCUUCUGCAAGAUUCGAAGAUACAACCUUGUAUGAGAGCCUUCUGGUCACUAGACCGGACAGUGAGGUGUUUGUGAGUGCACUGCCGAGGGGUCAUGUUAGCACUUCUCAGCUAUGGACUAGUUGCUGGAAAGGGCUCCACCCAGGUUGGCUCUUGGCCAUUCGAUUUCUCUCCUUUCUGGCCCUUGCUGGGUUCUUGACUUGGGAUAUUGUCGAAUGGGAUGCUUCCAUUUUUAUUUACUACACCGAGUGGACUUUUACGUUGGUUAUGGUCUAUUUUGCGCUGGGAACUAUAGUGUCUGCGUAUGGUUGGUGGUUGUCCGCAAACAAACCCCCCUCUGAAAAUGGGACAAGGGCUGAAUCUGUGGUAAGGGAUGUGGAAGAGGAUAAUGGAAUCGCUAAUACUUAUAGGCAGAAAGGAAUUAACGGUACCAUCAAAUUGCAAAGCCACUAUGCUCAAGAGGAGAUUCAACAUAGAGCAGGAUUUUGGGGAUAUCUUAUGCUGAUUGCAUUCCAGACUUGUGCAGGAGCUGUUGUCCUCACAGACAUUGUCUUUUGGUGUGUCAUCCUCCCAUUUUUAUCAAAUGCUCACCUGGGCCUAAAUACGUUGAUGUGCUGCAUGCAUACUUUGAAUGCGGCUUUUCUUCUUCUGGAUACCUCUCUUAACAGCCUUCCAUUUCCUUGGUUCCGGCUUUCGUACUUUGUCCUUUGGAGCUGCAUCUAUGUCAUCUUCCAAUGGGUCAUUCAUGCAUUGGGUUUCCCAUGGUGGCCGUAUCCUUUCCUCGAGCUUAAUACACCAUGGGCUCCAUUAUGGUAUUUUUGUAUGGCUGUGGUUCACAUCCCUUGUUAUGGGAUUUUUGCUCUAAUUAUAAAAGCAAAGUAUUCACUUCUCCCCAAAUGGUUCCCCAACGCUUUUGUGAGGCCAAUCUACCGGACAUUCAACAAUGAACAUUUGCUUGGCUACGUCCUCAAAAAAUUUCUCCAAAUCAGUGAUUCUGCUUUUUCUGGGUUUGUUCAGAAAGAAAUGAGCAGUGAAGAAGGAGAAGGCCCUGGCUACUGGCUUCAAUGGCAAGUGCUGGUUUGUGCUCUGAUUGUUACUGUUCCAGCAGUGAUAGCUCUGAAAUUUGUGAAGAAAGCAAAGCAGCAACCUUUGAAUUCUGUGGACUUGUGGAGCACAUGCUGGAGAUCCCUCGAUCCUCUUUGGCUUCUCUUUUACAGAGCUUUGGUCUUCCUUUGUAUGGCCAAAAUGCUCUAUGACAUGGUCUCCCAAUAUGGACUUUUUACCCUCGUUUUCUACACCCAGUGGACUUUUGCGUUGGUUAUGCUGUAUUUUGCGCUGGGAACAAUUAUAUCUGCACAUGGAUGUUGGGUUGGAAGGUCUACUUACAGAGAAGAACAAUUGAAGGGUAGAGUCAAAUCGAAAAGCCACCAAGCUCGAAAUGAGAUAAGCCAAAGAGCAGGAUUCUUUGGAAAUCUAAUGCAGAUUAUGUAUCAGAUAUGUGCAGGUGCUGUGAUGCUAACAGACAUUGUAUUUUGGUGUCUCAUACUACCAUUUCUAACAAGCAUAGAAUUCGAACUGACCCUGUUGAUAGGUGCCAUACAUGCUGUGAAUGCUGUUUUUCUAAUAGGGGAUACCGCUCUCAAUAGGCUUCCAUUUCCUAAGUUGGGUUUUGCAUAUUUUGCGCUCUUUGGCUUCCUCUAUAUUGUUUUCCAAUGGCUCCUUCACGCCUCUGGUGUUAAAUGGUGGCCAUAUCCUUUUCUUGAGCUUAACACACCUUGGGCACCUUUAUGGUAUUUUGGAUUGGCAGUAUGGCACAUUCCCUGUUUUUGGAUAUACUCCCUAAUCGUCAAGGCCAAAUUUUCAAUCCUCCCAAACUUGUUUCCCCGUGCAUUGGACGACAUGGAAACAUUACAGACAUCAGAACAGAAAUAAGGAGUUCAAAAGGGUUGAGAGAAGACUCAGAUAAACAGGGUUGGGGUAGACACUAAAUGAGCAAUGAGACUAAGCAAAACAAGCAUCAUUCC